AUGACAUCUUCACUGAUCAAAUUGGGCUUCACUGAAGCCACCCAAAAACGGCGCUCAAUCCGUGCUCUUGAACCAAAAAGCACAGUCCCUGAUAGCACGAUCGUUAAAUUGGCAGAAGCUGCCAUUCUUACAGUCCCCUCGGCCUUCGACAGCCAAACUGCACGUUUGACUGUUGUUUUUGGAGACGACCACAAGAAACUUUGGUCAAUCACCGCGGAUGCCUUGCUGGCCAAAAUCGGGGAAGAAAGAUGGUUAGGUGGGACCAAAGACCGCAUUGCCAACUUUGCCAAUGCUUACGGCACCAUUUUGUUUUGGGACGACCACACGUCUGCUUCGGCAAUGAACCAAAACGCCCCCGAUAUCUACAAGAACAAGACAGAAGAAUGGGUGCACCAGAGCAACGGUAUGCACCAGUACUAUUUGUGGACUGCGCUCGAAGCGUUGGGAUUGGGAGUCAACUUGCAGCACUACAACCCGUUGAUCGAUGCACAGGUGCAGAAAACGUGGAAUGUGCCUUUGACCUGGGAGCUGAAAGCGCAAAUGGUGUUUGGCACACCCAAGGAGGGCCCGGCUCUACCGGCAAAGGUGCAAAAACUCCCAGUCGAGGAACGACUACAGGUUUUCGGAGCUAAGAUCUAA